AUGGUCUUGGUCGUUGUGGUCAAUCUGAAUGCGCUCGAGUUGGCGACGUCACAGAACUGGCCGUUGGAAACGUCCGAUCACUCCAACAAAUUUGAACCUCAGGAAGCUGUGAUGCCAGACAGGAGCUUUGAUCUAUGGUACUGGCCAAAUAUUCCCGGGCGAGGCGAAUUCAUCCGCGUGCUGUUUGAGUGCUCUCGCAUCAAGGGCAUCCAUUACACGGACAAAGCUCGCCUGGACGGGAAUGCAGACAUGGACUGCCUGCUACCUUACUUCUCACAUGAAGCACACGAGCUUGGUCCCUCAAGUGCGGAGCUAGCAGGUCCAUUCUUUGCACCACCAGCCAUUCAUGAUCUAGAGCAUGAUUUCUGGCUAUCACAGACUGGUAACAUUGUGAGCUACUUGGCACCCAUCGUGAACUUGGUUCCAAAUGCAACAUACAGCGUUGACAUGACACCUGACAAAGCCGCACGCAUCCAAGCGAGCGUUGCAUCUCGCUUCUCAACGCUACACGAUUUCUCUGUUGAAGCACACGAUUCGCACCACCCAAUCGCCAUGAUGUCGUAUUACGAGGAGCAGAGACCACAAGCACUGCUACGUGCUGCUGACUUUAAGAAGAAUCGUAUUCCUAAAUUCUUGGGGUUCAUUGAGCGUUGCAUUGAGAAGAAUAAGCAGUUGUGGGCGCAAGAGAAGGAAAAGUACCCAGUCUAUGCGGAGCCGCUUGUCGGCUUAGAUGACGAAGAAGCUGAUGGUGCUUGGUUUGCAUACCCACGCUUGACCUACGCUGACUUGGCGCUCGGAUUUGUGAUGGAAGGCAUGCAGUUUGCUUAUCCGAGGUGCAUGGGUAAGCUCAUGCCAAAUUAUCCGCUCUUGAGGGAGUGCUUAGAGCGCAUCAACAAGCUUGAAGCAUUGCAAGCAUACAAGAAGAGCGACCGACGACCACCUCUUGGAGACGGCCUCUUCAGGUACUACCCAGAAAUGGACGAUGAAAAGUAA